AUGUCUUUCGUAGACUUGUCCUCCGUGUUCGGGCUGUCCAAGACCCUCUGCCACAUGCUUGUUGACGUGCUCCUCAUGCAUUUCCCGUCCGUCCUCAAGCAGCAGUGGGUCCACUUCUCGACCCGCGACGACCUCGACGAGAUGGCCGCAGAGUUCCGCGCCAUCAAGGGGGUACCUGCGGUAGUGGGGGCUAUAGACGGCACACACAUACCCAUGAAGGGGAUGGAGGGGCACAGGCAAGAGUACUACACGCGGAAGUCCUGCCUAAUGGAGGACUGGGAGCAGUGCUUUAACUAUUGCCAAAGCGCAACGCGCAUGGCAGUAGAGCGCUGCAUCGGCGCCUUCAAAGGCCGGUGGCGUCUAUUCGCGGGCCGCAGUGACUGCAAGCUCUGGCGCAUUCUUGCAGGGGCGUCUUGUGGCGUCAUCCUGCACAACAUGUGCGAAAUGAUGGGCGCAAGUUCAUGUGGGAGCCAUGUGACCCAUGCACGCAAGAGAAUUUUCGUUAAAGGCGCAAGCGGCUCGGCGAGGCUCUGGAGUCGUCUUACCUCACUCGGCGGCGCUGCGGACCCACACCUCCUCAUCCGCAUCUGGGUUAGAGGGGUCUUCGCCCGCCUGGCCGCAACGAAGCCAGCCGUCGUCACCGCCUUCGGCGGCAUGCAGGUCGGUCACGUUGUCCGCGUGGGCAGGGUUGUCGUCGCGGACAUGCGGGGAGGGGGCGGGCUGCUGCACGCGUUCCCGAGCAAUACGCGCAUCCUGCUCCAUCCACGCGCGGACGAGGCCUUCGAGCCUGCUCAUGGCCUCUGA